AUGGGUGGGCCCUCAAACGCGGCACCGGAGGCUAAUCCUCCGCAAGCUUCUUAUGCACCACCUCAGCCGCCUGUGGGUUUUGAUAACCCAAUCCUGACGUACCCAGGUCCUUCCGGGUACAAUCCUUAUGAGAACCCAUCGGGGUACCCCUCGGACUAUGUAUCUCAAGACCCGUACCUUACGGCUGUGCAGUAUCACCACCUCUAUCCUUCUACUUACCCUCCUAUGCAUCCAGCUGGAUACCCGGUUCAGGGUUACCAGUACCCGCCGUACCAGCCACCUCCUCCCCAGCAGCUACAUCAACAGCAACAAACACAAGAAAUUCUAGAGAGGCUAGAUAAGGUUGAGAACAAGGCUAGGAAGAACAAGGAAAGGCAUACUAGUUUCAUGAAAGGCCUUGCGAACCUUAUCAAAGGGAAGAAGAAGUAG